AUGUAUUCCACCCGACAACCCCAUAUUUCUGCGGACAGCUUCUUCCACACAUCGUCCGCAUCCGACCCAUCACUAUCCCCCAUCACCAUCUACAUGAUAUCCGGCAACCCAGGCCUAAUUGGGUACUACCACACAUUUCUCUCCGUUCUCUCAGACAAGCUAAACACACAGUCCACACAACAGACAAGAAAAAACCAUGCCUUCCAGAUCUACGGACACAGUCUGGGAGGAUUCGAGCUUACCAAAACACCAGGCUCCAAACCCAGAUACUAUGACCUGGAAGAACAGAUUUGUUUCGUCCAAGACAAGCUGGACAAUUUCCUCACCGACUCCAGCAAAGCAUCAAACGGGGUCCCAUCACCAAGACCUAAGGUGAUUCUCAUCGGCCAUUCGGUGGGCAGCUACAUAGCCAUGGAGCUCCUACGGAGACACCGCGAGCGCUCGACCAGUGGUACCUCGCCUUCUGUUGAUUUUGAUAUCAUCGGCGGCGUCAUGCUGUUUCCUACUGUUGUUGAUAUUGCGAAGUCGCCCUCCGGGCAGAAGCUGACGCGCAUGCUAUCUUUUAUCCCACAGUUGGCUGUCGUAGUGGGCUUCUUGGUCCGCAUCCUGACGGCACUGCUCCCGAGUAGUCUUUUACGAUCUCUGAUUAGGUUCUAUAUGGGAUCGCCGCGGGAUAAUAUGGUCGAGACUACGGCUGCUUUCUUGGAAAGUGGGUAUGGUGUGCAGCAAGCUUUACACAUGGCUGCCGAUGAGAUGCAGACCAUCACAUCAGAUAAAUGGAGCGAUGAUGUUUGGGGCAUGUCGGACGUCAAGGAUCCGGUUACGCGGCUGUUCUUCUACUUUGGUCGGAAUGAUCAUUGGGUUGCGGAGCGGACGAGAGAUGAGGUGGUUGAGCUGAGGGGGCAGACGGACAGUGGUCCGAAGAUGGUUGUUUGUGAGGAGGGGCUGCCGCAUGCUUUUGUCUUGAAACAUAGCGACGUUGUGGCGAAGAAAGUGGCCGAUAUGGUGUUGGAUAUAGUCAAUGAUUGA